AUGGAGAAACAGGAAGAAGAGACUAUUAAUACAGACUUGUAUUCAAGGCAAAUUGGAACUUUUGGGAUGGAAACAAUGGGGAAACUUAUUAAGUUGAACAUCCUGAUUGUUGGAUUGAGAGGAUUGGGAGUUGAAACAGCCAAGAAUCUUAUUUUGGCAGGACCUAAGCGUGUGGAUAUCUUUGAUCCAACCACUGUUGAGAAGAGAGAUCUUGGAGGAAACUUUUAUCUAGAGGAUUCUCAUGUGGGAAAUAGCACUAGAGCCGAAGCUUCUAUUGAAAAACUUAGAGAGCUUAACCCAUAUGUUAAGGUAGAUGCAGUGACUGGAGAGAUUAACCUUCUCGCAUCUAACUAUGAUGUAGUUGUUGUCACCGAGUUGUUCCAAACAACUGAGGAACUCUUUAAAUUGAAUGAAGAUCUUAGAGCCCAAGAUAAAGGAUUCAUUUUGAGUCAAACCUUUGGUGUCUAUGGAUACACCUUCGUUGAUUACGGAGACAACUUUAUGAUCAGAGAUGAGACUGGAGAAGAUACUAAAUCUUUCAUUGUUACUAGUAUUAGUAACGAAGCCGAAGCUAUCUGUACUGUUCAUGAUGACAAGAGACAUACUUUCCACGAUGAUACUUACAUACAAUUCUCUGAAGUGCAAGGAAUGACUGAGAUUAACAACACUGAGCCAAUAGCUAUUUCUGUUAUCGAUGGAUACAGCUUCAAGCUCAAGUUAGAUACUACUAAUUUCGGAAAAUAUGAGAGAGAAGGAUUAGUUGCAGAUGUCAAGGUACCAAAGAAGCACAAGGUAAACUCUUUGAGAGAGGCAUUAUCUAAACCACUUGCUGCCUCUCCAGAUGGAUGCUUCAUUACCCCAGAUCUUGCUUUCUUCGACAGGCCAGGAGCUCUUCAUUAUGCUUUGCAAGGUAUUCUUAGGUUCUUUGACAAGAAUGGAAAACUGCCAGGAAAUACAGAUGAUGAUGCUAAAGCAGUCCUUGAUUUUGCUAAAGAGAUUAAUGAAGAGAACAAAUCGGUCGAAGGAGCAUUUACCAUUGAUGAGUUCAGUGAAGAAAUAUUUAGUAAUGCUAGUAGAUACUCUAGUGCAAGCAUCACUCCAGUUGCUUCCUUCUUUGGAGGAGUGGUUGCACAGGAAAUUGUCAAGUUCACUGGAAAAUACACUCCGAUCACCCAAUUCUUGCAUUUGGAUUUCUUCAAAUCAUUGCCAAAGACUGAAGUGAACAGAGAAUUACAGGGAUCUCGUUACGAUGACCAGAUACUCAUCUUCGGAAAUGAAGUGCAGGAGAAGUUGCUUAAGCAGAAGAUCUUCCUUGUUGGUGCUGGAGCCCUUGGAUGUGAGCUCAUUAAAGCCUUCUCACUUAUGGGAGUUGGAUGCUCUACUGAAGGACUUGUCUCAUGCACUGAUAAUGAUAACAUCGAAGUAUCCAAUCUUAACAGACAGUUCCUUUUCAGAAAAGGAGAUGUAGGACACUCUAAAUCUGAGACUGCUUGCAGAAUUGGUGCAGAGAUGAACUCAGACUUUAAUGUCAGGAGCUAUCAGACUCUUGUAGGAGAACAAACUGAAAAUGUAUUCAAUGAUACAUUCUGGGAAGGUCUUGAUUUUGUCGUAAAUGCAGUUGAUAACAUCAAAGCUAGACUGUAUGUUGAUUCAAGAUGUGUCUGGUACAAGAAGCCCCUUCUUGAAAGUGGAACACUUGGUACUAAAGCUAACUCCCAGAUGAUCAUUCCUAACAUGACUCAGUGUUAUGGAGAUUCUACUGAUCCUCCUGAGGAAUCAAUUCCAAUGUGUACCUUGAGAAACUUCCCUAAUCAGAUUGAGCAUACUAUUGAGUGGGGUAGAGAUCAAUUCAACACUCUCUUCACAGACAGAGCCAAUGACGUUAUUGCAUUCUUGGAAUCUCCAGAUCAGUAUCUGAAAGAAUUAAAGGAGAAUAAUACAGUUAGUGGACAAAUAGAUGCUCUUCAACUCAUCAAUGACUUAAUCGAUAUCCAAAUAUCAGGAUCUUUUGAUGCUUGUGUUGAAUUCGCUUGCAAGAAAUUUGCUCAGAACUUUACUAACGCAAUCAAGCAACUGCUUCAUAUCUUCCCUAAGGAUUAUGUUGACAAAGAUGGACAUCCAUUCUGGAGUGGUCCAAAGAGAGCUCCAGAUGUUGUUGAGCUUGACACUACUGAUGAUCUUCAUGUUCAUUUCAUUUCAGCUUGUGCUAACCUUUACGCCUUUAACGCUGGAAUCCCACAAAACAGAGAUAAAGGGGAUAUUGCUAAAAUUGCAAGUAAGGUUGAUCUUCCAACAUUCACUCCAAAGACAGGAGUCAAGAUUCAGGUAGAAGAAAACGAAGAGGAAAAUAAGGAAGAGCCAUCUGGAGAUGUCCCUAUUGAAGAAAUUGAAACCCUCAACAAGCUUAUCCAGGAGCUUAAGGAUAAAACUGGAAAGGCUUCUAAGGACUCCUUCACUGCUGCAGAUUUCGAAAAAGAUGAUGAUACUAACUUCCAUAUCGACUUUAUUCAUGGAACAGCUAAUCUUAGAGCCAGAAAUUACAGAAUCACUGAGUGUGAACAACUCAAGACUAAGCUCAUUGCUGGAAAAAUCAUCCCAGCCAUCGCCACUACCACUGCAAUGAUUGUUGGUGCUGUAGGAAUGGAAUUAUACAAGGUCGUUCAAGGAUUUGACAAAAUUGAAGAUUACAGAAAUGGAUUCAUCAACCUUGCUAUCCCACUUUUCGUCUUCACUGAGCCAAUUGAAGCCAGCAAGACUAAAGAUGUUGAAAUGGACCCAAUCAUGUUUGGUCCAGUGAAGGCCAUCCCAGAGGGAUGGACUAUCUGGGAUACUAUUGAAAUUGUCGGAUCCAUGACCUGCCAGGAGUUCUUUGAUAAGCUUAAGACCGAUUACGGAAUAGAGACUACCCUUCUAUCUACCGGUAAUAUCGCACUCUACAAUGACUACCUCCCAGGGAAGAAGCAUGCCCCAAGACUAGAGAGAAAGAUUGAGGAUAUCUAUGCAGAUAUUGGAAAGCCAGUCGAAGGCAGAAACUACAUUACUCUUGAAGUAGGAGCUGCUACUGUUGAUGAAGGAGUCGAUGUCACUAUGCCAAAGAUUAAAUACCAAUUUGCUUAA